AUGAAUGAUGAAAAAUUAAUAAUACUCGUGUCAAAAUAUGAGUGUUUAUUUGACAUAACCAAGCCAUCAUAUAGCGAUCGGAUAAUGAAAGACAAUGCAUGGGAGGAAAUUAGCAAAUGUCUCGGAAUAAGUGUGACGCAGUGCCAGGAUCGUUGGAAGAAACUGCGAGAUAACUUCAGAAAAGCCUAUUAUAACCGAAAAGGCAAGAGUGGCGAUGGUGCAACUACGUCCAAAUUGAUAAAAUUUGAAAAAGAACUUUCUUUUAUAAUACCAUUUUUUCGCAAUCGAAACCAAAUAUCUAAUGUAACAUUAUCAUCGGAUGAUUCAGAGCCUGGCACACCAAUACCACCACCAUCGACAUCAUCUAAACGUUCUGACCAUUCUGAAGUUGAAUCGCUUGCAAGUACUUCUGGCUCGAAAAAGAGACCACGCUUAAGCAAAGAUGUUGCUACGGUUUUCGAAGAGUAUCUUGAAGAAAAAAGAAAUACUACACCCCGUGACAAGGCAUUACGUAAUUUUUUUUUGUCUAUGUCAGAUACAGUGGAAACAUUCCCAAAAGAAGUCCAAGCACGAAUUAAAAGGCGCGUGUUUAACAUUGUUAAUGAAGCUGAAUUAAGUCUAUUCAAAGACAAAAUAACGAUGCAAAGGGAGAAACUUAUUGAAGAAGUGAGAAAAUAUCCAUAUUUAUAUGACUUAAGUGACGCUAAAUACAGUAAUAGUAUAAAAAAGGACGAGGCUUGGAAACAAAUAAGUAUUACUUUAAAGCAAUCUGAAUCUGAAUGCAAGAAAACUUGGUUAAAUCUUAGAGAGUCUCACCGACGAGCUAUGAAGAAGCGUAAAACUAAGAGUGGUCAGGCAGCCCCGACGACGAAAAAGUGGACCUUUGAAGAUGAAAUGAGUUUUUUAGUACCUCAUUACAAAGAAAGAAAUACGAUCUCUUCGGUUGAUUAUGAUGACUAUUCAGAUGUUAGCUUGGGUAAUGAUGAUUCACAGAACUCAAUAAACAUAAUUCAGUCUCCAGAAAACUCACAACCUGAAACUUCUGCACUUUCGCCGCGUCCUAAGUCUUCUGCAUCUUCAGUUACAUCCAAAACUUCAAAAAAAAAGUUGAAAGCAAUUCAGCGUCACAAACUUUAA